AUGAGCGACAGGGUACACUUGAAGUCUUGCGAGUCAUGCAAGUCCUCUCAGCCCUCUCAGUCCUCUCAGUCCUCUCAGCCCUCUCAGUCCUCUCAGCCCUCUCAGUCCUCUCAGUCCUCUCAGUCCUCUCAGCCCUCUCAGUCCUCUCAGUCCUCUCAGCCCUCUCAGUCCUCUCAGCCCUCUCAGUCCUCUCAGUCCUCUCAGCCCUCUCAGUCCUCUCAGUCCUCUCAGUCCUCUCAGUCCUCUCAGUCCUCUCAGUCCUCUCAGCCCUCUCAGCCCUCUCAGUCCUCUCAGUCCUCUCAGCCCUCUCAGUCCUCUCAGUCCUCUCAGCCCUCUCAGUCCUCUCAGUCCUCUCAGUCCUCUCAGUCCUCUCAGCCCUCUCAGCCCUCUCAGUCCUCUCAGUCCUCUCAGCCCUCUCAGUCCUCUCAGUCCUCUCAGCCCUCUCAGUCCUCUCAGCCCUCUCAGUCCUCUCAGCCCUCUCAGCCCUCUCAGUCCUCUCAGCCCUCUCAGUCCUCUCAGCCCUCUCAGCCCUCUCAACCGUCUCAGCCCUUUCAACCGUCUCAGUCCUCGCAGCCCUCUGAGCAUAACACUCAUCAGCAUGACACACAAUGGACCCAUGCCAUGCCAUCCGUGCAGCAGUGA